UGCGGUUUUUUGAACUCCUGGGUCAACGGGAUUCCGGUCAAGUAUAACUUAGGACCCUCCCUCAGCUCACGUGUUGACCAAAGAGCCGGGGACAGGGCACGGUCCACUUCAGACAGGUACGCUCCCCGUCAGACAGCCAUGAGGGCAACAGAUGUGCUCCUCUUCUCGCUGCUGUGUCAUGUGGCCGCCGGCAGUAGCGCCCAGGUGAACAUCAGCAGAAUGCUGGGUCAGCAGGCCGAGCGGGUCAUGGCGCUGGGGGAGUGGGAGGAGCGCUGGCAGCAGGACAGGAUCGGCUUCCACCAGCCUACCGUGCACAGGAUGUUGGAGAAGAACCUGGACAAAGUGCUGAACGGGCGGACUGGCGUGCGCUUCUUCUUCCCUCUCUGUGGGAAAGCCAUUGACAUGAAGUGGUUGGCAGAUCAGGGUCACUCUGUGGUCGGCGUGGAGAUCUCUGAGAAGGGGAUUCAGCAGUUCUUUGAGGAGAACAACAUGACGUUCAGUGAGGAGCCGGUACCUGAGAUCCCUGGAGCCAAAGUGUUCAGGAACCCAGAGAAGAACAUCUCCUUGUACCAGUGCGACCUGUUCCAAUUCUCCAGUUCCAUUGCCGGUCGCUUCGGAGCAAUUUGGGACCGAGGUUCUCUGGUGGCCAUCAAUCCAAAGGACCGCGAGAAGUAUGCAGCUCUCAUCGUCUCAUUGAUGGACAAUGACUGUAGGUAUCUGCUGGACACGUUCCUCUAUAACCCAGACCAGUAUCGAGGUCCUCCAUUCUUCGUUCCUGACGAACAAGUCCGCAGCUUGUUUGGGAGCAGCUGUAAUGUGGAGCUGCUGCAGUCCGUGGACGCCCUCACAGACAGACAGAGAGACUGGGGCCUGGACUCCUUCAUGGAGAACAUUCACCUCAUCACGCUGAAGAACAGCUCUGCAACAAAGUGAUGCUAGAGCUAGAGCUAAAACCUGUCCUUGAAGCUGGUUGUGGUGUUUCUCCUCAUUAAAGAUGCUUUUGCGUGUUUGCUCAGUUAA